AUGGAUUCUAAAAAAGAGAAAGGGAGAAGAGAAAUUUGGUCAAAAGAAAUGGUUUUAGAAUUAUGUCGGUUUCUAAACAAAUAUAUCACGAAGCAUGGUCGAACUUCCCCAUUCAAAUGGGUCACUCUUCAGCCAGAGUUUGAAAAAGUUAUAAAUCAUAAAUUUGCCAGUGACAAAGCUAUGAAGAACAAGUAUGACAGUAUGAGAAAAGAGUACAAUCUUUGGAAGUCACUUAAGAAUGGAGAGACUGGUCUAGGUUGGAAUGAAAGUACCAAGCAACUUAAUUGUUCUGAUGAAUGGUGGAAAAGAAAAAUUCAGGAAAACCCGAAAGUUCUAGCAAUUCAAAAUAACCAACCAUCUAUACAACUACAAGAAGAGUGGGAUCAGUUAUUUGGAGAGAUGUAG